UCUCAGUCGCGAGGUAAAUAAAUAACACCUACAAUGACCGCCGGAAUAACCGAAAAGGAGGCCGCUGGCCAACUGCUGGACGACUUGUACCUCGACAUGUUCCACCUGGUCGAGGAGCACACCCAGUGCCGGGUUAAUCUGGAGCGCAGCAACGCCAGUGGGGCGAUUCUCUUGGCCCGUACUCGAUUCCAACACGGAGGCAGUAACUCCGUGUCCACGGCGCAGAUUCCCACGGAGAACAGUGCCGAGUUCAAUGCCCUCUGCCGGGUCGUGGACUCUGGAGAUGGUAUCUCCAUCGAGAGGCAGUCCGUGGACAAGUCCAAGGGCUUCGUGGAGCCCCUCCACUGGUUCUCGGUUCUGCCGCCGAUGAGUUUGCGCAAUGCGGUUUCCAAGUUUAAGGAUUGCAUCGAGCUGGUGGCGGAGAGCACAAAUCUGCAGCGGCAGCUUGGAGAAGCCCUGGAUUGGAUCGCCAAACUGCGCCAGAGCGAACUGCUAAACUAAAUAUUAAUCACCUUCAUACAAUCCAUACAAUGUUAAGAAUAAAGUAGACUUCAAACCA